UCUCUCUCUAGAAACAUCCUUAAAGAAGUCGCCGUUGGUUUCUAAGAUCGGACAGUCACCAUUUUCUCAAUAAAUUCUUCUCGCCGAUAAUGUAUCUGCUCUCUCACUCUCUAGGGUUUUAAUUCUCUACUUUCCGGUCCAUACAAUUACAAUGCACCUUCUUUUUCCCUUCACUGUUUUACUCUUCAACCCUAGCUAAGCACAGUUGAAGAAAUUCAUGCUAAGUUCGACGAAUUUUUAGUUACUAGGAGUUGUAAUUGUUUCAAUGUCUGGAGGACCUAGGGUUAAAUUGAUGAACAAUGCUGAUUCUGAAGUCCGAUCAGUGCUCGGUCCGGCGGGUAACAAGGCUAGAUCCGUUGAAUUACGAAAGCCCGUUGAAAAGCCUGUUAAGAAGGCUGCUGAAAGUGAAGAGUCUAAGGGUAAGAAAUUUGAGGGAACGGAUUCCGUGCCGCAAUCACGGGCGCCGGUGGCUGCUUCGAAGAAAUGUGGAGGAGCUGUGCCUUCUAUUUUGAGACAGCAACAGGACCAUAGGUCAUUGAUGAUGAGGCCUAAUUUGUCGCUUAAUGCGUCUUGUUCUUCGGAUGCUUCGACGGAUUCUUCUCAUAGCCGAGCAUCGACAACGGGGAAAUUGAGCCGUGGGAGUGUGACGCCGACGGCUGGAAGAAGGAAGCAAUGUAGUAGUCCGAAAGUGGUGAAGUCUGAGAAAAUUGGAAAAACUGUUGGUGAAGGUCAGAGCUUGGCUUCAAGUCCCACUCCGGGUGAUGCUUCGGUGAUGAAGAAAAGGUGUGCUUGGGUGACCCCAAAUACUGAUCCAUCCUAUGCUGCUUUUCAUGACGAGGAAUGGGGAGUUUCAGUCCACGAUGACAAGAAGCUCUUUGAACUUCUCAGUUUAUGCACUGCAUUAGCUGAACUCUCAUGGCCGGCAAUUCUCAGUAAAAGACAUAUGUUUAGAGAAGUUUUUCAAAAUUUUGACCCAGUUGCAGUCUCAAAACUAAAUGAGAAGAAGAUAGCACCACCAGGAAGUCCUGCCAGCACUCUUUUAUCAGAGGUAAAGCUACGGGCAGUUAUUGAAAAUGCACGCCAAACCUGUAAGAUCAUUGAUGAACUUGGAUCCUUCGACAAAUACAUAUGGGGUUUUGUGAAUAACAAACCUAUAGUUAGUCAAUUCCGAUAUGCAAGGCAGGUGCCAAUGAAGACAUCGAAAGCUGAAGGGAUAAGUAAAGACCUAGUUAAAAGAGGAUUCAGAGGAGUUGGACCUACUGUUGUGUACUCAUUUAUGCAAGUAGCUGGAAUCACAAACGACCAUCUCAUCAGUUGCUUCAGAUUUCAUGAUUGUGUAGCUGCAACCGAUGGAAUGGAUAAAGAUGAUGGCCUUGCAGCCAAGAUAGAAGUGAAGCAACAACUCAAGGAUGAAACUGAGAUGGGCCUUAUAAGAGCUAUUGAUGACUUCAAUUUAUCGACAUAGUGAAAUGUGUUCAGAGUAGUAGUGCAAUGUAAUUUAUACUCCUAGUAGAUUUGGUAGCUUUGCGCCCUUGGUUGCGAUACAGUUGAAAGGGAGGCAAGUGCUUGUGUACAAAUGACCUUGCUUAUUAUUUUUACCAUUGCUGUGUA